GUUCCACAGGUUAAAACAAACGUCCCGCGCUCUUCGGGAGCAACGUUUCAGGUGAGGAGCCAGCCGGAGUCCGAGCAAACAUGAGGCCAAACACGGCUCCUCUGCUGCUGUUAGCGGCGUGUUUCCUCGGUGUGUGUGCUCUCUCACAUGUGGAGGAGGUGGAGGAGAUGAAGAGCCAGGAGCGGCUCUUCCUCAGCUCCCUGGGGCUCUCCGGGCGGCCCCGGCCUGCAGGGGGCCACCAGCCCCGGCGCCGCGUCCCCUCCGCCCUCUGGAGGAUGUUCCGGAGGUCCGAGAACAUGCAGGCCCAGGAGAGCGACCCCUGUACGGUGUCUGAGUACGGAGUCCGCGGCAACAUCAUCCGAUAUGUGCAAGACCAAGGCCGGCUGGUGUCUGGCUGGAGCAGCAGCUGUCAGGUCUGUCUGGAGAAGCAGCUCUUCUUCAACAUGUCCGUCCUCCAGCCUGUGGAGCUGCUGUCUCUGGCUCAGCUGGAAAUCAAGUUCCACUGGAAUCUCAGAUCUUCAGAGCUCCUGCAGGGGCCCCGGGCCCUCAGCGUGUCUCUGUAUAAAGUGAUUCGAGCCACGCUGAGGGGAGCCAAUCCCCAGGCCAACCGCAGACUCCUGCUGUCCCAGUCAGUCCGGCUGCAGCCCGAACCCACCUCCAUCACCAUGGACCUCACCUCGCUGGCAGAGAGCUGGCGCAAACCGGGACGCAACUACGGUUUGGUUCUGGAGCUGCUGCCUCUCAGCGUGGAUUCAGAAGAGCUUCUCCUUUUUCACCCCGGGAACUCGCUCCCAUUGGAACCAGCCCUCACGCUGCCGCUGAUCCAGGCCUCGCUGGUGGCCGUGUCCCUCAACCCCCACCAGUGUCGCUCCAGACAGAGAAGGAGCGCCAUCCACCUCCCUGUGACACCCAGCAACGUGUGCAAGGCCCGCCGCCUCUAUAUUGACUUCAAGGACGUGGGCUGGCAGGACUGGAUCAUCGCACCGCAGGGCUACAUGGCCAACUACUGCCACGGCGAGUGCCCGUUCCCGCUCAGUGAGAGUCUGAACGGCACCAACCACGCCAUCCUGCAGACCCUGGUGCACUCCCUGGACCCGCACGGCACACCGCAGCCCUGCUGCGUCCCCAUCCGCCUCUCCCCAAUCUCCAUGCUCUACUACGACAACAACGACAACGUGGUGCUUCGACACUACCAGGACAUGGUGGUGGACGAGUGCGGGUGUCGAUGAGGUUGGGGGGCAUUUCUGAUUGGCUCCUGACUAUCAAACACCCACCUAUUUCUUUUUGAUGAUUCGUCAGAUCCGGUUGUCAGUGUACAAUGUUCAUUUGCAGUCAGUGAUUUUAAAGAAAUUAAAAUGUGUAUUUGUUUGUUCUCACAGAAA